UCUUUUAGUCUUUACCUUCUCCCUCCAAUCCAAACUCCGUUAUAUCAGGUUUAAACAGCAUAUGCUUCCUUUUUAAGCUUGUCCUGGCUUUAGUGUCGCCAGACACUCUCGAGUCAUUCAAACUUUUCUUUAUCUGCUUUCUCCAGUCUUCACAAGUUCCCAAGCAUCAAAUUCCUGUCUUUUUUUUUUUUUUUUUUCCGUUUCAUUGUAUCAGUCAACUGUGCCUCCAUGCUCCUUAGCUUGUCAUAGGAUUUCCCAGAUUCUUAAUUUUCUUCCUCUACCAGCCUUUCUGUAGCUAUGGAUGGAGAAAUCAAGAGUACUGAUCUUCGAGAUGCUUCAUUUUCUUUUCUUACUGCAGCGCAGCAGAAUUAUGUAGUUAAGCUGACAGGGUCAGCUCAGUUUCCUCGUCCUGAAAUAAUCUCAACCCAAGAGACUUCCACUCUGAUAAACUUGGAGGGAACUGAGCCUGAAGAGGGUGAAAUCGGCGUCUUUGGUGCUGAGAAGUAUUUCAAUAUGAAACUGGAAGAAGAAAGUGCAGGAAGCAUAAAUGCCGAUGCAGGCAAGUUUGCGCAUAAGACAAUAGAGAAUCGGGUUGAUCAUCACCUUUUGAAACCAAAAGGCAGGUUAGGGACUCCAAGUGUGAGUUCUGAAUCGAGUUGGAAUAGCCAAACUACGUUAUUAACAAAUUCUCGGAGAAACUUAUCCCAUAGCAGGCGGAAGAAAGCAAAUGAAAGAUGGUUCUUUCCCGGAUUUUCCUGCAGUGGAUCUUGUUCCGAUGAUAAAUCUGUUUAUAUAGAUAGAAGUAUUCCUCGUAGUGGGCUUCAAGUUGCCGGAGACCCUAUCAUGCUAGAGGGAAGAAAGAAUUCUUAUUCUGGACUUCUGAUGAAAGAUGAGUUUCGCUGUCCAAGUUUUGAAAGGACAAGGAUUGGUUCGAACAGAGAAGACUACUUAGUAUUACCAACUGUAAAUUCUGGGGUGCAAAGCAUGAGUGUUAAAAGAGAGAAGCAGAAGAUCCUGGAAGAAGAUCUACGAGAAUCACUGGAUGUGUUUGGCUCCCAUAAGGUAAAGAAGGAAGACAUAGCAUCAAAUCUAGAAAGGAAACUCUCCGUGCUAACUUGGGAUGCCAUUCCAUUCCGAAAGGCACAAAACCUGCCAACCACUUCUGCAAGCAGUCAAAUGUGUGAAGAAGCGGAAAGUGAUGCUAGUUCAGACCUGUUCGAGAUUGAGAACUUGUCCUGCAGUACACAGCCAAUGUUCAGGAAGCAAACUUCUGAUGGCAUGUCCGGCUGCAUGACACCUCCAAGCCGGUAUGAGCCAAGCGAGACCAGCAUUGAGUGGAGUGUUGUCACAGCCAGUGCUGCAGAUUUCUAUGCUGUUCCACAUUAUGAUGAAAAGAAACCUGCAGAAAGUUGUACAAAAUCUUCUGGCUUAGCUUCAAGGCCUAGAAGCCGCCUCCCAAAUAGCCUAUUGGGGUGCAGGAGUGAGAAAGCGGUGCAAGUUGCUGAAUCUGCAUACAAGAGGAAUGAGAAGGCUAAGCUUCAGUUGCAUCAGCAUACCUCCAUGCCAGUAAUGAGGAAGUUAUCAACUGAUUCUAAGGUGAAAGAUUUUGGUUUCCCUUGAUUGGUAGAUGCUUUUUACCAAGACAAAGCUCCCCAUCUGAACCUUAAUGCCGUGUACAUUAAUAGGGCAUGCGUAGUGGGAAGUGAUUUAGGGCAGAGAAAUAGCUAAAAGUUUUCCAUGUGAAAUCUACAGCUGAUAUUAAUGUUUAUUACCCUGAACAUGAAAUAAUAAAUUCUUCCUUGCUAGUGUUUGCUC